CCCGGAUCUGGUGGUUGUGUACGUGGAAGGCCAGCGCAUGCGCGGCGGGGCCGGGCUCAGCUGGGCCGGAGGCUGUGAGCUGCCGCGCGGCCCCGGGAGGCGGUGGGCCUGGCCACCGCUGAGGCCCCCGGAGCCGGCCGGAGCCGGCGCUGAGGAGGGGCCAUGAGCUGGUUCAACGCCUCGCAGUUGUCCAGCUUCGCCAAGCAGGCCCUGUCUCAGGCCCAGAAGUCCAUCGACAGGGUCCUGGACAUCCAGGAGGAGGAGCCGAACGCCUGGGCCGAGGCCAUCCCGUACGGCGAGCCGGGAAUAAGUCCCCCUGUGAGUGGAGGAUGGGAUACUUCAACCUGGGGGUUGAACUCGAGCACUGAAUCUCAAAGUCCACCAACAGCCUCUCCUAAAGCAAUUACAAAGCCAGUUCGAAGGACCGUAGUAGAUGAAUCUGAAAAUUUCUUCAGUGCCUUUCUCUCCCCGUCAGAUGCCCAGACCAUUCAGAAGAGUCCAGUGGUAUCAAAACCUCCGGCUAAGUCACAGCGUCCAGAGGAAGAAGUGAAGAGCAGUUUACAUGAGUCAUCAUCCCCUGGCCAGUCCAGAACUUCUGAAACAGCUGAGUCAGAAGUAAGAGACUCUGUGUGUGUCUCAGGAGACACUCCGGCUGUGGGCACUGCAUCCCCUGUACCUGAAGGCAAGCGUGCAGAACCUGCGAGUCAGGAGUCUGAGGUGAAGGGGCCCACUGUGCGAUUGAAAACCUCUGAGAAUGUAGUGAACGUAGCCACAACAACAGAAGAUGCAUCUACCACCCCCACCCAGGCUCUCAGAGCAGACACUAAGGAGAUGGCCUUGGAACCUAAGGAACAAAAACCCGAAGACCGGCAGAGCAAUACACCUUCUCCUCCUGUUAGCUCCUUCUCGUCGGGCACGUCGACCACCAGUGAUAUUGAAGUUUUAGAUCACGAGAGUGUGAUAAGUGAGAGCUCUGCUAGUUCAAGGCAAGAGACUUCAGAGGCGAAGUCAAAUCUUCACCUCAUGCAGACGUCAUUUCAGCUGCUCUCUGCCUCUGCUUGUCCUGAGUAUAGCCGCUUAGAUGAGUUCCAGAAGCUCAGCGAGAGCUGCUGCUCGUCGGAUGCUUUUGAAAGAAUAGACUCGUUUAGUGUGCAGUCUCUAGAUAGCCGGAGUGUAAGCGAAAUCAACUCAGAUGACGAGCUGCCAGGCAAGGGCUAUGCGUUAGUGCCUAUCGGCGUGAAUCCUUCGACCCCAAAGACUGCAGCAGUAGACUCCACUGAAGAAAAGGCUGAAGAAGAGGAAGGAAACGAAACGUUAACUGCACCUUCUGAAGAAGCAGAAUUAGAGGAAAGUGGCCGAAGUGCUACUCCUGUUAACUGUGAACAGCCAGAUAUGUUGGCUUCCCCUACGCCAGUAAACGAAGGGCAUCUUGUCUCUGGCCCGGCCGCUGAGCACUGUGAAGCUGCAGACAGUCAGCCGGAAGCACGGCCCGAGAAAGAAGACGUUUGCAAGACAGUUGAAUUUCUGAAUGAGAAGCUAGAGAAGAGGGAGGCUCAGUUAUUAUCUCUUAGUAAGGAAAAAGCACUUCUAGAAGAAGCUUAUGAUAACUUGAAGGAUGAAAUGUUUAGAGUAAACGAAGAAAGUAGUAGCAUUUCUUCCCUGAAAGAUGAAUUUACCCAAAGAAUUGCAGAAGCAGAAAAGAAAGUUCAACUAGCCUGCAAAGAGAGAGAUGCUGCUAAGAAGGAAGUGAAAACUAUAAAAGAAGAACUAGCCACUAGAUUAAACAGUAGUCAGACUGCAGACCUCUUGAAGGAGAAAGAUGAACAGAUUCAAGGGUUAAUGGAAGAAGGAGAAAAACUUUCAAAGCAGCAGCUACAUAAUUCUAACAUCAUUAAGAAAUUAAGAACUAAAGACAAAGACAGUGAAAGUGUUAUUGCAAAGCUGAACAGGAAAACUAAGGAGCUGGAAGAGGAGUUACAACAUUUAAGACAGGUCCUUGAUGGUAAAGAAGAAGUUGAGAAACAACAUAGAGAAAAUAUUAAAAAACUAAAUUCUGUGGUAGAACGCCAGGAGAAAGAUCUUGCCCGACUUCAAGUAGACAUGGAUGAACUUGAAGAAAAGAACCGAAGUACUCAGGCUGCCUUAGAUAGUGCAUACAGAGAACUUACCGAUCUUCACAAAGCCAAUGCUGCUAAGGACAGUGAGGCACAGGAAGCUGCUUUGAGGCGUGAGAUGAAGGCUAAGGAAGAACUUUCUGCAGCACUGGAGAAGGCCCAGGAAGAAGCCCGUCAGCAGCAAGAGGCCUUAGCGCUUCAGGUGGGGGACCUUAGGCUCACACUGCAACGGGCAGAGCAGGCAGCUGCCAGGAGAGAGGAUUAUUUACGCCAUGAGAUCAGUGAACUUCAGCAGAGACUCCAAGAAGCAGAGAAUCGAAAUCAAGAACUGAGUCAAAGUGUUUCAUCAACAACAAGACCAUUGCUUCGACAGAUAGAAAAUUUGCAAGCAACUCUAGGGUCUCAGACUUCCUCGUGGGAGACUCUAGAGAAGAAUCUUUCUGAUAGGCUUGGUGAAUCACAGACUUUGUUGGCCGCAGCAGUUGAAAGAGAGCGAGCAGCUACAGAAGAACUCCUUGCCAACAAAAUCCAGAUGUCUUCGGUGGAGUCACAGAAUGCUCUAUUGCGGCAAGAAAACAGUCGACUUCAGGCCCAGCUAGAGUCCGAGAAGAAUAAACUACGAAAGCUGGAAGAUGAAAAUAGUCGGUACCAGGUUGAGUUAGAAAACUUAAAAGAUGACUAUGUAAGAACCCUUGAAGAGACAAGGAAAGAAAAGACACUGUUGUGCAGUCAGUUAGAAAUGGAAAAAAUGAAAGUUGAACAAGAAAGGAAGAAAGCCAUUUUCACUCAAGAAGCAGCGAAAGAAAAGGACCACAAACUGUUUUCUGUUUCUAGUACUCCCACCAUGUCACGCUCGAGCUCUAUAAGUGGAGUAGAUAUGGCAGGGCUCCAGACAUCUCUCCUGUCUCAGGAUGAGUCUCAUGACCACUCAUUUGGACCAAUGUCUGCAUCAGCCAGUGGAAGCAAUCUUUAUGAAGCUGUAAGGCUGGGAGCAGGAUCGAGCAUUAUUGAAAAUCUACAGUCUCAGCUAAAGCUGAGGGAAGGAGAAGUUAGUCAUUUACAGUUAGAAAUUAGCAAUCUAGAAAAAACUCGAUCCAUAAUGUCUGAAGAGUUAGUUAAAUUAACAAAUCAGAAUGAUGAACUGGAGGAGAAAGUGAAAGAGAUCCCCAGGCUUCGAGUUCAGCUGAGAGAUUUGGAUCAAAGAUAUAACACUAUUCUGCAGAUGUAUGGAGAAAAGGCAGAAGAAGCAGAGGAACUUCGCCUGGAUCUUGAAGAUGUAAAAAAUAUGUACAAAACUCAAAUAGAUGAACUUCUAAGACAAAGGCUCAGUUAACUUGUGAAAUUUGUAUUCCCAUCAAACUGAAUGUAAACACUUAAUAUAUAAAUCCAGACUUCCAAUAAAUUCUUUUAUAGAGUUAGAAAAUGGGAUUUGUUGUAGAGUGUAAAAAAAACUUUUUUAAAAAUUCUUUUAUAGUAUGUAGUUAUAUUUACAGUUAAAUUAUUUUGUGCAAUAUUUGAAUUUUAUUUUUGAAACUAUUCUUUAAAAAUUUUUAAAGCAUUUUUUUUUAUGCUUUGAACAGCACAGAGAAUUAUUACUUUAUCCAGAUAGCAGUACAGUUAGGAAAGGAGAUUGCUGUUUUCAUAUUAUUGUGGAUAUAUAAUUAAUUGUAUUGUAUCUAUAAUUUAUAUGUAUUUGUACAUAUUGAGAGACUUACAGAGUAAUAUUAACAUUGAAACUUUGAAAUCUUUCACACUGAAAUCUUCGACAUAUUUCUUGAAAGUGUUUUAAGCAUUCAAGUGUAAAGGUUAUUAGGCCUGUGACUAAAUUAUAAACUUAAGACUUCCCUUUAAAAGCAGAGGUCACACUGACAUGUCUAAAAUAUAAAGAGAAAUUUAAGCUUAAAAAAUAUUUCUGUUUUGAAAAUUUAUUCCAUGUGGCUUCCACAAUGAAGUGUGAACAAGUGCAGACCCUUUUAUUACUUUUUAUUACUUAUCCAAAGAAAGCUUAUAAAUAUUUAAUAUUAGUUAGACAUAAUUGGAUAGUGGGAAAUUUUGCUUGCAAUAAAUUUUGACAUAGCAUCAGUAGCAGGUAAUUUUGAAGUAUUUUACUACACUGUGAAACAAAUCUAACAUAAUAAAAUCACUGGCAAAAUUUACUCUUAAAAAUUAGUCAAUUUACUUUUUAAAAACUACUUGUUUAGUUUUAUACAGUUGUAUUUGGGGACAUUAAAAAUGAAUGUUUUAAGAUAAUCGCCAUAGCAAAAUAAAAGUUAUAGGAGUACAUUUAAAUUGGAGAUUUUAUAAUUUUGUAUAGUUUAACUUUUUUUUCUUGAAAUUUCAACAAGCAAAAAAUAACAAAAAGUAUAAUAGAAUAGUUUUAGAACAUAGUUAUGCACUCUUCUAAGAGUUGCUUUGUUUAAAAGUUAAUUGGAUUGUGUUUUAGACCUGUAAAAUAUUUUGGUUUUAUUACUGAAAAUUAUUUAAAUGCUUUUAUCAUAGCCCCUCUUUAUCUAUUCUUUUGGUUUUUGUGGUUCUAGCUAAGGUAAAAAAUAAUCCCAAAAUACAUGGAAAUCCCAGAAAGAGUUUCUAAGUGCGAAGGUGUAUGCUGUUCAGAGUAGCCUGCUGAAAUCUCACUGGUUGACUGCAUUUGUCCAGUACAUGCACACCCUCUUGUUAAUCAUUGAGCCAUGUCGGCCACUGGGUCUACUUUCAAAGUGUGGCAGGGCUUGUGUUCAGGUAACCCGUUUGUUCUUUAAUGGCCCUCCAGUGAAGAAGAUGUCAGAGGUCAGCCAGAAGUGCUUCCCAUCAGCAGAACGUUGGCUAUCUUGCUGGAGGUUGGUAUCUUCCACUGCUUCAGGCAUUCAGUGAGGGUCUGAAGUUAUCCUCCCCACAAUGAGAAGAUAGGAUUUCAAAUAAAAACUCUAAGUUUUAGUUACAUUUUAAAUAGUACUUCAGAAUACAGCUGUGAGUAGCCAUCUUGCAGAAUGGAGAAUUUUGGGGGGUGAUUCAAGUGACCUUGGUUUUGGUCCUUGUGUUCCAUACAGUGUUUCUGUCAUUGGGUCUCUCUGAUUUGUAGCAUGAGUAAAUGUCCUUUUGGUGAAAGUCACAGUCGUAAAAUUAAGUUUCUGUAUUUUAGUGGUGGGAAACCGCUUAUUUUUUCCAGCUUUAAAAUGUUUAAGCUGGGUGGUGGUGGCAUAUGCCUUUGAUCCCAGCU